UGCACAAUGAUUCCCAGUUUUAGCCUAUUUACUUUGCUGCAUGGUGUUGUUUGUUAUUCCCUUAGGAGCGCUGGAAUUGCUAUGAUAAAAUCUGUGGAAAAAUGAAGGUUAAGGAUAAUGUUUUGCUACAACCUGCGAUAAUAAUAUAGGCUCUUUCCUUUAAGACAAGCGAGUGUUCAGACCAAUUUAGAAAAUUAUAGCAUGGCACAGGUGAGAGCAAUAGCAAUUAAACCAGCUUCCUCUUUCAGAUUUAAUCUUCAUAUGCAAAGCAGCUGGGUAAGAAUCAGAGCACAGUACUGGCAUUUCUAAAACCAGAAAAUCAAAAAAGUCUGCCGACAACAACAACAACAACAACAACAUGCUAGGAAAAAACAAGAUGAGGAAUCUUUCAGAUAAUGCUUCAAAAUUGCUUUAUGUGGGGUUGGCUUGCCUUCUGGAAAGAUGUCUUCCUAUGGACAGAUGCUUAGCUCCCGCUGUGGUGCGCCGUGUGAACCGACAUGCCCACAACCCUACGUCAACUGUUGGAAUGAACCGUGUAUCAGCUCAUGCGGCGAUUCAAGAGCAAUCGUGUAUGCGCCACCCGUUGUCGUGACAUUCCCUGGACCCAUUAUCAGCUCUUGCCCUCAGGAAAGUUUUGUAGGAACUGCCAUGCCUGAAAUUGAGGGUGGGAUGGGCUCUGGAGGUGGAGGAAUGGGCUCUGGAGGUGGAGGAAUGGGCUCCGGAGGUGGAGGAAUGGGCUCCGGAGGUGGAGGAAUGGGCUCUGGUGGUUCCUGUGGUGGAGGCAGCUCCUAUGGGAUGGGCUCCCAUGGUUCAGGCGGUUCUUGUGGUGGCAUGGGAGGGGGUUCAAGUGGUGGGGAGGGCUCAUGUGGUGGUGGAAUCUCCCGUUUGGGAAGCUUUUACCGAAACUCAUUUUAUUCAGGAUAUGGUAGAAAUUAUUUCCCCCUUUUUUCCAGAGGGUAUUAUAGGUAUCGCUAUGGAAACUAUGGGCCAUUUUAAAUCUUUAGGAGAGAGUAAUGACUGAAAGAACAAUAAAAUAAAAACUAGCAGUUGAUAUAUAGACCUGAAAAUCAGACUUGCCAAGCAGCCUCUGCUCCAGCCAAUGUCGAUAGGAGCUGGGGUUGCUUGGGAUCUCUGCGCUUUAUCUAAGGCUUACAACACCAAUGUUGUCUCACUUUGUCGUUUGCUCAUGUUAUGUUUUGUUCUUCCUGAACCUGAUGAGGCUAAAAUAAGUAAUGGGACUUGACUGUGAAAGUGUCCAGCUGAAAGAAGAACCUCUUGUGAGCCCUGUGCUCCCCUGAAUGACUGAUUGAUUGUAGUCCUUGUUGAAAUGGAAAUUACAUUCUUUGUUUCUGCAUUGCCUCAUUCUGCAAGAAUGUAUUCCACUUUUUGUUUGUAUUAAAGCCCUGUUGCAUCAUA